AUGCUCAAGUUCAAGCGCGCCUAUUCCACCGGCCUGGCCAGCGCCAUCCCGCCGGCCAAGCUCAAGUACGUGCCCACGUCGGGCACCUACCCCAAGGGCUUCCUGGCCUCGGGCGUCCUGGUCGGCGUCAAGCCCGGCAACACCACCAAGCCGGACCUGGCCCUCGUCACCUCCGACCGCCCGGCCUCGGCCGCCGCCGUCUUCACCAAGAACAAGUUCCAGGCGGCGCCCGUCACCUUCAGCCGCGGCAUCCUCAAGAGCAGGGCCAACGCCGGCCUGCGCAGCGUCAUUGUCAACUCGGGCAAUGCCAAUGCCGUGACCGGUGUCGGAGGCCUGGAGGAUGCGGCGAGCAUGGCGCGGACGACGGAUCAGAGGGUUGGCAGCCAAGACUCGACGCUGGUGAUGAGCACGGGAGUCAUUGGACAGAGGCUUCCCAUCCAAAAGAUCGUGGACCACAUCCCCGUGGCCUACCACCAGGCCGGAGACUCCCACCGGCACUGGCUGGACUGCGCCAAGGCCAUCUGCACCACCGACACAUUCCCCAAGCUCCUGUCGAGGACCUUUUCGCUGCCCUCGUCCCCCGGCGUCGAGUACCGCAUCGCGGGCAUGACAAAGGGCGCCGGCAUGAUGGCCCCGAACCUGGCCACCAUGCUCACCAUCCUGGCCACCGACGCCCCCAUCGCCCCGGCCUUGAUGAACCCGCUGCUCAAGUACUCCGUCGACCGCUCCUUCAACGCGCUGACCAUUGACGGCGACACGUCGACCAACGACACCGUUGCCCUGCUUGCCAACGGGGCUGCCGGCGGAACGGAGAUUUCGUCUGAGCAGAGCGCCGAUUACGAGGCCUUCCGCGACCUCCUGACGGACUUUUCUGCCGAGCUGGCCAAGUACCUCGUGCGUGACGGCGAGGGCGCCACAAAGUUCGUCACCAUCCGCGUCGUCGAUGGAGCCUCCGAGGCGGCAUCGCGCGAGAUUGCCCGUGCCAUUGCGCGCUCGCCGCUGGUCAAGACGGCUCUGUACGGCAAGGAUGCCAACUGGGGGCGUAUUCUGUGCGCCGCUGGAUAUGCCCUGAUUUCUCCUCCCGGGCAGCCCGUCAACGACGUCCCUGAGAUUAUCCCCGAGCGGACGAGCGUGUCGUUUGUUCCUACUGAUGGCUCGGCCGAGCUGAAGCUGUUGGUGAACGGGGAGCCGGAGAACGUCGAUGAGCAGAGGGCGAGUGAGAUUCUCGAGAUGGAGGACUUGGAGAUCUUGGUGAGGCUGGGGACGGGUGAUAAGAGCAUCGUUCACUGGACGUGUGACUUCAGCCAUGACUACGUGACGAUCAACGGAGACUACAGGACGUGA